CAAAAACUCUCACAACUCCUUAGAACAAGAUCACUCACCACCACAAACUACAUUUCUGAGUUUUUGAGACAAUUUGCAGAGAGAAAGAGAGAGGCAACGGAAAUGGCAACGACUAUCGCAACCGCAUCAACCGUCGCGGGGCUCGGCAGCUCCUCCCUUUGCUCCACCAAGAGAACAAGCCUCUCUUCAGGCUUUUUGAAGUCCAGCGUGGCAGUUAGAAAUCCUCUGAAGCAAGUGAGCGCUUCCGGUGGGAAGUUUACCUGCUUUGAGAGAGAUUGGCUGCGGAGGGACUUUAACGUUAUAGGAUUUGGACUGAUCGGAUGGUUGGCGCCUUCAAGUAUACCGGUAAUCAACGGCAAGAGUUUGACGGGACUUUUCUUUGAGAGCAUUGGCGCUGAGCUUGCUCACUUCCCAACCCCUCCUGCUCUCACUUCCCAAUUCUGGCUGUGGUUGAUCACUUGGCAUUUGGGACUGUUUAUUGUCCUCACUUUUGGGCAGAUUGGAUUCAAGGGAAGGACUGAAGACUACUUUUGAACCCGAUCCUAUUUUUAUUUUAUUUAUUUUUUCUGUGAAGUCUAUGUAUAAUAUUCAGUUUCCCAGCUUCUUGGCCUUUCUUCUACCAACUUAAUAGCAGACUCCCUUUCUUCCUUGUA